UAAAUUUUCAAUACAUAUUGAAGAGGUUCUAAUUCGAUGUAUUUAAUAAUAUGAUAUGAUACAUUACUAAAAUUUAAAGUGGCAAUAAUUAGAAAUAUGCAAUACAGAAUUAAUGAUCAUUAGGUAACAAUAUCGGAUAAUAAUAUGUUUUAUACCAUAAAAAUUGUUUAAAUAUUUCUAAAUUAAUUUUGUAUAAUGCAAUUUCUGUAUUGUACUAUUCAAAGUUUUAUUAAUAAGUGCCAUUCGAAACAAAGAAGUGAUUUUUUUGUCAUAGCAACGGGUACAUCAUCUAUGAUAUAUCUGUAGUUGCACUGCAAACACUACAAAAUACUUACGAAUAUCACUAUCGCGGGUAAUGACUUUAGCACUCCUAGUGGUGUAUUUUAUAAGCUUACAUUUGAUCAGCAUUUGUAGAUUCGCAAUGAAUGUAACCACGCCCGUGAAGCUUCUUUUUUUGGAAUUUAAUAUUUUUUAAAAUCAUUGCAAGUACUUAAUAAUAUUUCAAGUAAACAUGACGAAAGAUAUUACAAGAUGUUAUUGUUGGAUCUUAAAAACCAAUGAACUACAACAUACAAUGAACCUUACUCUUUCAUCUAAAUAAAGUGUAGUGACACCACUCGUUCGUUUAUUCAGACAUAACGUAUUUGUAAGGAAUAUUUUAUUUCAUACCUGGUGUUUAGUGAUAUCAACAGAACACACAUUUUUAAAAUUGCAUUAUAUCUUAUACAAUUAAUAAUGAUACACUUGUUGUUACUUUUUCAUUUGUGUACGUACGUACUUAAUCAAAAAUAUGAGGGUUGUUUUCGAAGUUCUAUAUCAGAUCCUGAUUUACCAACCCUUAUAUUGAAUCAUGCUAGCGUACCAGCGGAAUGUAUCAAAGAAUGUCGUUUACGUUAUUAUAUGUUUGCAGGACUAAUGAAUGGUCAACAAUGUUUUUGUGGCAGUAAUUAUGGAAGGAGAGGUAUGUCCACCUCUUGUACCCUUUCUUGUACUGCUGAUCCAAAUAAUUAUUGUGGUAGUCAAGAAGCAAUGAGCAUAUAUUCUACAGGACAAAAAGGUCCCAGUCCACCAAGAAGGGUACAGAUAAUUCACAGUAGACCUACUAGUUUAGAAAUUACAUGGGAACCACCUGAUAUUUUUAAUGGAAACAUUACUUUUUAUGCUUUAAGAGCAGUAGUUCUCGAAACACAUGCUACUAAUUUGUUACCUACUGUGAAAAGUCAAGUACAAGGUGAAGCUUCGAACAGUACUAGUUUACAAGGCUUACAGCCAGGAACCAAAUACAAUGUAUCUAUCAUUGCUAAAAACAUCCAAGGAAGUAGUGAAUCUGCUUAUGUUUCAGGGUGGACAUUAAUAGGUCCACCUAAUAAACCAAUUGCACCAAAAGUGAUAGAACAAACAAGUACUACCAUAACUAUUUUACUCUCAGAAGGAAGUAGUGAAUAUGGACCCAUUAGCACAUAUCAAGUAUUUGUCGUUCAAUCUGGCAUAAUACCUCCAUCAGGGCCCAAUAUUACAUACUAUAAUUAUGAAAAAUCAAUGGAGCAGGGUUUAGGAUAUUAUGUCACAGGAGAAUUUAUAGCUUCUGAAUUUUAUAAAUAUGAGAAGUUUAUAAUUGGUGAUGGUAAAAUGAUUGGAGGAUAUUACAAUGCACCUUUAAAUACUCAACCAAUUCCACAGUUAGGUCUAGCAGUAAUUUCUAGAUUUCAGAGGGAAAUGCAAGUCGCUUAUUCAGACUUAUUUACCAAUGUAAAAAGAUACAGUAUAAAUGAAAAUAAUGAAAUGGAUGCCACAACAAUUGUUCUGUGUGUUGCAAUUGGCAUUUUAGGAGCGUUAUUAAUAGCUUCAGUAAUAUUAUAUUUUACUUUACGACAACGCCAUGAAAAGUUUCGUAUGACAAAACUUCCAGAACAACAAGAACUUACAUUACAAGGACCACUGUAUGAAGUUGACAAUAUAGCGUACAUUCCAGAUGAUGUACCUGAAAGGGUUAAUUAUUACCAAGAACUAAAAAAUAAGGUAUGGACUAUACCACAAGAUGUAUUAACAGUUAAUGACAUUAUAAUACGUAGAGGAAGAUUUGGAACUGUUCAUACAGGUACAGUUGAUAAAGAUGGUAAAUCAUCUACUGUAGCAAUUCAUAAUAUAGCAGACAAAUUAUUAAAAACAUCUGACAAAAGAAGCAUGUUAAGAGAAUUAGAUAUAUGUAUCAGAGCUUCUCCAAUGAAAUAUCUUGCAGAUCUUAUAGGAACUUGUGAAACGCAAGAUACUUUGUAUGUUGUACUGGAAUUACCACUUCAGACUCUGAAACACCGAUUGUUAAGUGCAAGAUCUGGUAAUAUAUUUCCAGUUAAUCAGAUGUUAUCUAUCGCAGCUAAGAUAGCAUCUGCUUUGCAACAUCUUGAAAAUUGUAAAAUUGUGCAUGAUCAUUUAUGUGCACGCAGUGUAGGUAUUUGCAAUGAUUGGACACCUAAAUUAAUAGGCCAUGGUAUUUCUAAAUAUGCAUUAGAAGAUGUGAAGUACAUACGAUGGACAGCUAUUGAGAAUUUUGCUAAUAAGAAGAAACAUGUAUCAAGUGUAGUUUGGGCAUUUGGUGUGCUUUUAUGGGAAAUGCUAAGCAUGGGUGGCACACCAUAUUCUAAUUUUACACUUGACAGUGAAGUAGAGGAAGCGGUUGAACAAGGUGUUAGAUUACCACAAUUAAUAGAUACUCCUGAUCCACUUUAUGAAGUUAUGUUAUCUUGCUGGCACUUUGACAUUCAAGAAAGACCAACAUUUUCAGAACUUACAAGAUUGGACACUUUAAGUAUCUGUCCCAUCACAUCAAUUACAGAAUCAUAUAUCCCAGAAUUAGAAUUAAACUAACAUAAUGAACAAAUGCUUAUACUUUUAUAGUAUUUACAUAAUAUUUAUUAAGUGUUGUACAUAGUCACAUGUAUUAAGUACUUUUCAAUAUUACCUUUAAUUAUUUUGUGCAGUUACCAUUGCUAUCUUUUUUACAAUAUUUUAUAUUUUUAUAUUUGUUUUAAAAAUGAACUAUAAUACAAGUAUUAAUAGUGUAACACUAUCCGUCCGCAAAAUCUAGAAUAAGAUUGAAAAAAUUGUGUUUUUGGCAAAAUAUAAUUUUCUAUCUAGGGAAUUAUGAAGCAGUAAUAAUACAGUCAUGAUUAUAUAUUCUCAAUUUUAUAAAAUGACUGUACUAUGGAAGUAACUACUGAUUAAUGUUUCAUUACAAAGAAAAGUUGUAUUAUUAAAUUAUUACUUCAAGUACUUUAAUUAUAUUUUAGGUACAUUUUCUGAUUUUAUUAUUAUAUACAUCGAAUAUUAUAUGUACAUAU